ACUGACGCUGGCAUGCGUAUCGGGUGUUAACGCGCUCACGUUGUUUUGUUACUUAUAUUAUUAAUAUUGUAUUGAGUAAACUGUAACCAGUUUUGCAAGCACAUGUGGUGGUGUAUAAACGCCAUGUUAAAAAAUUAAGGUUUAAAAAAACCUGCUAUGUGGAUGGGGGUGUGGCCAAAUUCCAGUUUUAGUCGACCGGCUAGGUAAAGAAUAGAAGAGGACAGGUAGGGCGUGUUUUUCAGCGUUACACAUGCCGGUCCGGUGGAGUGUAGGGGGUCGGGGAGGUGAAAUUAGGGAUCUGGAUUUACUGUAGCAGGUGUGCUGUUUUUGGAUAAGCGGGGAGCGAGAGAGCGACGGAGGGAACCGAGCCACGUCAGAUAAGGAUAUGCUGCUGCCUGAGCAGCAGUCUCAGCAGCAACCUUGCUACGGGACCCUGCAGCAGAAGAAGAAGAACACAGAGACCUGCAUGGAUGUGUGUGGGUACCAGCGGGUGCUAUGGCGAGUCGUCCUGUGCCACCUCUUCACCCUGCUUACCGUCGGCCUCCCGCUCAUCAUCUUCCACUGGAGGCCCAAGCUGGGUGUGCAAGCAAAGUGCCGACCCUGCCCCCUUUACCAGGCAGACUGCAUCAUCAUCCGGGACUCCUAUGGACAGGUGUUCGCUGUGGAUGUGGUGACUGAAGAGGUGGACGAAGGAAGCCUGGAGCAGUUGGGGGCGGAGUCUGAAGAAGAUGAUUGGCGGGACACAGUGCAGCUCCACAAAGAGGAGAAAAGAUUCCUCCGCUACUACGUAUUCGAGGGCCUGCGCUACAUUUGGAUGGACAAAAAAGGAGCUUUCUGUAAAGUGAGCAAGCUGGAUGAAAACUGGACCUGUGGGGAUAUCUAUCGCCGCCGAACCGGGCUCAGCAGACAGAAUCAGAGUGCCAAACAGGUGGUUUAUGGACCAAACCUGAUCGACGUGCCAGUGAAAUCCUACCUCCGACUGUUCAUUGAUGAGGUGCUGAACCCAUUCUACAUUUUCCAGAUUUUCAGUAUUACCUUGUGGAUGUUUGAUAACUAUUAUUACUACGCUGUGUGCAUCCUGUUUAUUUCAGCCGUCUCCAUUGCUCUCUCCCUGUAUGAGACCAGGAAGCAAAGUACCACUCUGAGAAACAUGGCCCAGAUGAAAAUCGGUGUAACAGUUCUGAGGUCAUCAGGGAUAAUGGAGUCGGUGAGCUCCCUAGACCUGGUGCCUGGGGACUGCCUGCUGGUGCCCGCUGAUGGGUUGCUUCUGCCCUGUGACGCAGCCCUGCUGGCUGGAGAGUGCAUGGUCAAUGAGGGCAUGCUAACAGGAGAGAGUGUUCCAGUGAUGAAGACCCCCUUACCCUCUGGCUCACAUGCUGCUGGCAUGCAGUACUCCCCCGAAGAACACAAGAGGCACACGCUGUUCUGUGGCACACAGGUCAUCCAGGCCCGGUCCCUGGGUAAUGACGGGGUCAUCGCCGUGGUAACUCGGACAGGUUUUUAUACAGCAAAAGGAGACCUGAUCAGCUCCAUCCUGUACCCCAAACCCAUCAGUUUCAAAUUCUAUCGAGACUCCAUGAAGUUUGUUGGAUUUCUCGGUAUCCUAGCUGGGAUUGGCACUAUUUACAGCCUUGUGACCCUGUAUAGAAAUAAGGCUCCGUGGAAGUGGAUAAUUAUCCACGCGCUGGACCUGAUCACCAUCGUGGUGCCCCCCGCUCUGCCCGCUGCCAUGACCGCGGGCACCAUCUACUCGCAGAACCGGCUGAAGAAGCACGGGGUGUUCUGUAUCAGCCCGCCACGCAUCAACGUCUGUGGCAAGAUCAAACUCUUCUGCUUCGAUAAGACAGGCACGCUGACGGAGGAGGGGCUGGAUGUGUGGGGGGUGGUCCCGGGGACAGGGGAGGGGUUUGAGGCGCUGCUCCCCGAGCCCAGGAAGCUCCCCCAGUCCCCGGUGCUGAGAGUGCUGGCGUGCUGCCACUCCGUCACCCUGCUGAAUGAACGGCUCAUCGGAGACCCGCUUGACCUCAAGAUGAUCCACUCCAUCGGCUGGGCGCUCGAGGAGCCUGAGGGAGAGGAAGCAGUGGCCAGAGCUGAGCAGGAGUUUGGGAUGAAGGUGGUGGGUGUGAUGAGACCCCCUGUAGUGGAGCAGCAACCCUAUGGCAUUAGCCUGGAGGAGCCCCUGGGGAUUGUGAGGCGUUUCCCCUUCUCCUCCAGCCUGCAGAGAAUGAGCGUGCUCGUAAAGAGGCCAGCGGGUGGCGCUGUGGAGGCCUACCUCAAGGGGUCGCCAGAGAUGGUGGCCAGCCUCUGCAAGAAAGAAACGGUUCCUGCUAAUUUCACAGCCACACUGAAGGAGUUUACUGGAGAUGGCUUUCGGGUCCUGGGGCUGGCCUAUAAGACCGUGAAAACUCAAAGCAGCUUUGAGGAGCUACAAGAGCUAGAGAGGGAGAGUGUGGAGAGUGGGAUGGUGUUCCUGGGAUUUCUGGUGAUGAGGAACCUGCUGAAACCGGAGACCAGGCCUGUGAUUUCCACGCUGCGAAAUGCCAACAUCCGCACAGUCAUGGUGACCGGAGACAACAUCCUGACUGCGGUCAACGUGGCCCGCAACUGUGGCAUGGUGGCCCCCAGGGAGAGGCUCAUCUUCGUCCACGGCUCACCUCCCUCCCACCUCAGUCCAGCCACCCUCAAAUUCCUGCUGGCAGAGUCAGGAGCUGGGGGACAGGACAGCACGGAGAUCAUCACACAGGGCCUGUAUCAGCAGGGCAGUCGCUUCCUGGACCAGGGGCCCUACCACCUGGCCCUCAAUGGGAAGUCCUUCGCUGUGGUGUGUGAGCACUUCCCAGACAUCCUGCCUCAGAUCCUGCUCAAGGGAACAAUCUUUGCACGGAUGGCUCCUGAUCAGAAGACUCAGCUGGUGCAGGGACUGCAGGAAAUCAAUUACUGCGUGGGGAUGUGUGGGGACGGAGCUAACGACUGCGGGGCUCUGAAGGCAGCGGAUGCUGGGAUCUCCUUGUCCGAGGCUGAGGCCUCCAUCGCCUCCCCCUUCACCUCCAAGAUCGACAACAUCGAGUGUGUGCCACUCAUCAUCCGGGAAGGCCGCUGCUCCCUCGUCACCUCGUUCGGACUCUUCAAGUACAUGGCCCUGUACAGCCUCAUCCAGUUUGUCUCAGUGCUCAUCUUGUAUUCUCUGAACACGAACCUGGGUGACCUGCAGUUCCUGUUCUUCGACCUGGUCAUCACCACCUCCGUGGCCAUCCUGAUGGGCAAGACUGGCCCUGCUAAGGAGCUGUGUGCCCAGCGGCCCCAGGGCAGCCUCAUUAACAUCUCUGUGCUGGGGAGUCUGCUGCUGCAGACCUGCCUGUCUGUCAUCAUCCAGAUCAGCACCCUCAUCAUCACCCAGACCCAGGACUGGUUCGUUCCUCUGAACUCUACGGUUAUGUUUCCUGAAAACCUGCCCAACUACGAGAACACUGGCAUUUUCUGUGUGACAGGGUUCCAGUACCUGAUAGUUGCCAUUGUCCUAUCCAAGGGGUACCCCUUCCGCAAACCCCUCUACACCAACGUGCUGUACCUGGUGGUGCUGUGUCUGCUCUCUGCUGUUAUGGGCUGGCUCACUCUCUACCCGGUGGGGUUCAUGAGGAAUGUGCUGCACCUCAAAGUGGUCCCGGAGAUGAACUACAAGCUGUUGCUGCUGGCGCUGUCUGGACUGAACUUCAUCAGCGCUCUCCUGCUAGAGACUGCUAUAGACCACGGCAUGCUGAAAUGCCUGUGGCGGCUUCGUGGAAAGAGACAGUCCAAGAAGAUACACAAGCGGCUGGAAGUGUCUCUCAGUCAGCAGCCCUCGUGGCCUCCGCUGGACCAAGUCAUCCAGGCCAAGCCAUACACUGCCAUUGACUGCAGUUAGCCGGCCCAGCUCGGCUCGGCUCCCCUGCCAGAUCCACUAAUGACACUUUACAUUCCGUUCAACUGGCAGCUUUCUCACUGCGGAAAAUUAACAACGGACGCAAAUGAAAAAGGGGCAUCGAAACCAUGCUGUUACCUGUUGCUCGAAACACCAGCUUCAUUUGGCUGAUCGCUGGACAGCUUAUUCACUGGGAAGUUGUGAGUGGCCACCAUCAGAUUCCUCUGUGAAACAUAGCAGUAAACAGGGCUGCAAUGCUACUGACUAGGAACUUGAGCAAAAAGCACGCCCUGCACAGAGCUUCAGAAACCCAGUAACCAGCGCAGAGAGCCACCACUAAGCAGCCCUUUAAAACCUGAAGCCAGCAUAGCCAAAACCAUAGCAUAGUCUGUAUAACACUGCUUUUAAAAGAACAGUAUUGCCGCUGAAGUCACUUUUAAAACCUGGAUCUUCAAUUAGAUUUUGUAAACUUGCACAGUAAAGAUCUCCCGAAGGGGCAGUGUAGUGCUUUAUUAUCGGUUUGACAGGUUUUUUUUUUUUAGGUGCUGUCAGGACAUGCAAUAAUAUCUUACAGUAAACAAUCAUUUUACUGACAAAUGCCAUUCAAUGCACAAUUGUGUACAGUGCAAGGUUUUGUAAUACAGUUGUAACCUCUUGUAUACAGCCCCUUUCCAUGUAUUCACAUAGUCUGCUUGAAUCAUGUUACAACAAUUUGCUGGUAAACUGAACUGGACCUCUCCUAGAAUAAAGUAUUUUUAAAAUCCUGUUUUUAAGAGCUGUUUGUUUCCAGUUUUAAGGACUGACCCAAAAUAUUGCUCCAAUUUUUGGAUUUUUAAUAUAAAAUAACAAUAAAAUAAUGAAUUUAUAUUAAUAGCAGUAGUGUAGUUUAAACACUUCAUUAUCAAGGCUUUCAUCCAACAUUGUCUCAUUAGAAUAGCUUGCUAGCUUCUUGUUAUGCCAAUGCUCUUAAUGUUGCCUGGUGUUGAAGUGGAACCAGUUUGAUGUAGCAUUUCCUUUCCCCAUUCACUUCCUGUACUGUGAUGCACAUGAGGAACUGUGGUUUUGGUGGGAUCAUAAAACUGUAACACGGCAAUCUCUCAGUUUAAGAGGAACCCCUUUUCUACUCGCAGCCUAUUCCCAUGAAUGUAAACACUUUAUUUUUAUAGCAUAAAUACGAUAGGUAGGUAUUUACCCUUAUAAAAGUACAGUAUUUUUGCACUGUUUUACCACGCUUUUUCCAUGGUUACACUAUUCAUUUACCAUAGUUUACCUGGUUUGCCAUGUUAAAUAAAAUGCUUUACCAUACCUUGCUAUUCUUUACCAUGUUCUGAUUUUGGUUUAUUACACUUUGCUAUGCUUUUACUGCGGUAAACUUUUAGAUGGGUAAUUGAUGUGAAAUUACCUGGGUUUAUUUUUCACUAUGAAUACAAUAUUGCCUUAAUACCUGUUGACAGUAAAAAUGUUUUAUGUUUGAACUACUGUUAUGCUUGUGAUUUGUUAUUUUAGUAUUAUAUUUUAUUAAUGUAUUAAAUCUGUGUAUGGUGUGUGAAUCUGUCCAGCAUGUGGAAAUGAGGUCCCAGAUGUGUAAAACUUCUUUUUAAGUUAAUUGGGUUGUCUCUUGAGUUAUUUAUUUAUAGAUAUAUUCUACAAUAAAAAUAAAUAAAAGAUUCUACAUUUGGCAAAAAAA